CGGCGACAACGACAACAUGCCCAAACCGCCGCUAGAUCUAACGCUAUAUCUCGUCACGGGCAGGGAAUUGCUGCCUCCUGGAAAGGACUAUUAUGAGUCGCUCGACGAGUCAUUACAGGGAGGUGUGACACUCGUUCAAGUAAGGGAGAAGAAAGCGGAUACUGCAGAGUUUGUAGAAGUCGCGGUAAAGACGAUCGAGAUAUGUAAAAAGUACAACGUUCCUGUAUUGAUCAACGACCGGAUAGACGUCUGCCUCGCCUCCGGAGCCGCAGGCGUCCACUUAGGCCAGACAGACAUGCCCAUCUCCCUCGCCCGCCGGCUUCUUCCCCCAGAAGCGAUGAUCGGUAUCUCAGCAGGUAACGUCGACGAGGCGCGGGCAGCGAAGGAUGCGGGUGCGGACUAUGUGGGUAUUGGGGCUCUGUGGUGGACGGAGAGUAAGCAGCUCGUCAAGGACGUAUUGGGCGUGAGGGGUGUGGGGCCGCUGUUAGAUGUGUUAGAGGGAAGCUCAACGAAGGCUGUUGCCAUUGGAGGCAUAAAGACGACCAACAUCCUCCGCUCGUUGCACGGCGCCGUCGGCCCCGUGUCCCUGCGCACGCUCGACGGAGUCGCCGUGAUCAGUGCCAUCGUUUCCUCGCCUCGGCCGAAACAAGCAGCCCAGGAGAUCAAGAGCCUCGUGACGGCCUUCAGGAGGUCUUCCCCGGGGAUCAUCACCAUGCCUUUGACCCUGAGGACGCCGGAGUCAUUGAAGGAGGGCGUUGUAAGGUUGAUGGCGAGGAUCAGGAAGGAUACACCUAUUAUUCACCAGAUAACGAACAACGUAACGGUCAACUCCCUAGCCAACGUCACCCUCGCCAUACGCGCCUCCCCUAUCAUGGCAACCACACCUCAAGAGAUGCCAGACCUGGCGCGCUUAUGCCACGCCCUGCUGAUCAACUUUGGCACCAUCACCGACAAAGCCGGUAUGCUCGCCGCAGGAAGGGAAUACAACGCCCGCAAGAAACCUAUCGUCUUCGACCCCGUAGGGAUCGGCGCUACGAGCUAUAGGAAGGAGGCGGCGAAGGAGAUACUGAAUACCUGGCAGGCGGCGGUGAUCAAGGGGAACCCGGGGGAGAUUGGGGCUAUGUAUGGAUCGAGCGAGGUAGAGAGUAGGGGAGUGGAUAGCAGCGGGCAGGUGUUUAGCGACCCUGUGAAGGUCGUUCGGGAUCUUGCUAGGAGGGAACGCUGCGUUGUUGUCAUGACCGGCCGAGAGGACUACAUUUCUGACGGCCUUUCGGUCAUUCGGCUCUCGAACGGCCACUCACUGCUCGGAGACAUCACCGGCGCAGGAUGUAUGGCCGGCAGCUGCGUUGCGACGUUCUGCGCUGCAGCUAGGCUGGAGGUCGAAGAGGAAUGGGUGGGGAGGUUGGGGAGAGGAGAUAUGUUGCUAGGCGCUGCUGGGGGCGUGCUGGCCCUCUCUAUCGCUUCCGAACUAGCGGCUGCACGUCCAGACGUCAAAGGCUCGGGCACAUUCCUUCCCGCACUCAUAGACGAAGUGUACAACUUGACGCCUGAGACGAUGAUGCGCAGAGCCAAGAUAGAGGUCUUAGAAUGAAUGAAAUUAAAUAAUUU